UUUGACUUACUUCGUUUGCAUAUCAGUCGCGAAGGAGUAACGGUGGGUUAUUUUCAGUACGUCAAAAUAAGGAUGGGCGGCAGAAUUCCCUUUCUCUGCCUACUUUUAGGAAUAUAUGUAGAUUAUGCACUCUCUACUGGAACGACCCUCACAUUGGCAGCUGCAUUGACCUCCCCAGCUCCUGUACAGUUACCAAACAUGACAUUAGUAGCAUCCGAAACCACUGUUACAACAGGUUCGUCAGUGACCCUAACAUGUUCUGCAUUUGCCCAAAACGAAUUAAGCUGGUCAGGUCCAUCUGGUAGUAUCACAAACUUCAUGAAUGGGAAUGGGUGUUUUAGAUUGACUGAAACAGAUGCCCCUGAUAUAAGCCAUAUAUCAAUAACAUGUGGUUCUGGCAGUGGUGCAUUAAGCGAUUGGACAAUAAGUACCCUAACUAUAAGCAGCUUCGACCCAGGGAGAGAUGCGGGAUAUUGGGAAUGUUCAGAUUUUACAACAUCUAUAGCUGAUACUGUGUAUUUGAAUUCUACAGGUAAUUCUCCGAAAAACAUUGACAUAGAGACAUCAACCCCGGGUCUCAUUACCAGACUUAAUGAUAUGACAGUAUUGGAAGAAGAGAGUGAGACUUUAACAUGUACAGCUGAAUGUACUGGUAAUUGUCAGUAUACAUGGAAGAAAGGUGGUGAAUUAGUAGCAUCUACAAGUCAACUUCCGCUAAAUGAUAUCAACUCGACUAUGGGUGGACUUUAUAUAUGCCAUGUAUCUUAUAAUGGUGUGGAACUGACUAAAAGCUUAAGUGUAUUAGUCUUAUCAAGAGAUUUUAUUAAAUUUGAUCCACCGGGAGAUUUAGUAACAUUAUUUGAAGGGCAGACCAUUUCUAUAAAUUGCUUCACUGAAAAAGAUCCUAUGUGCAACCUAUUUGGGUAUAUGUGCCAGAACUAUUGGGAUGCUUUACCUAAUGUAGCUAAUGUGGCAAUAAUUAAUCCCAGUAAUACAAAUAUUUUUGUGAUUAACAACGCAACUGUGUCGCAAGCUGGAAUAUAUAGAUGCAUUUAUGCUAUAGACGAUGACUCAUCUAAUACUCACUGGUUUACUUAUAGAACUUUGCCAAUACAAGUCUUAGUUCCGUAUGGACCAUCAACGGUAGUAAUAACACCAUCAUCAGACCCAGUAACAAUAACAAAUGGAGAAUCUCUAACCUUCAACUGUUCUGCUGAUUGUCAACCCGGUUGUAAUUAUACAUGGAAAUAUAACAAUGGUAUUGUCUCUACUGUGGCUAUUUAUACCAUCAAUAGUAUUAAUACCACUCACAGUGGUAUUUAUACUUGCACAGCAACCAACAUUGUAGGAAAUGUGACAAAAUCUACUAACGUUGUAGUAAAUAAUGGACCAUCAUCCAUAGUAAUAACUCCGACAUCAGACCCGGUAACAAUAACAAAUGGAGAAUCUUUAAGUCUCGUCUGUUCUGCUGAUUGUCAACCAGAUUGUAAUUAUACAUGGACACAUAACAAUGUUACAGUUUCUACUAUGGCUACUUAUACCAUUAAUGGUAUUAAUACAAGUCAGAGUGGUAUCUAUAUUUGUACUGUGGCCAAUAGUCUAGGAACUGAGUCAAAAUCUACUAAUGUUGUAGUAAAUGCUCCUUCUGUACAGUUACCAAACAUGACAUUAAUAGCAUCCGAAACCAUUGUUACAACAGGUUCUUCAGUGACCCUAACAUGUUCUGCAUUUGCCCAAAACGAAUUAACCUGGUCGGGUCCACCUGGUAUGAUCACUAUCUUCAUGAAUGGGUGUUUUAGAUUGACGGAAAACGACGCUCCGGAUAUAAGCCAUAUGUCAAUAACAUGUUCUGGAAGUGGUGCAGAAAGUGAUUGGACAAUAAGUACCCUAACUAUAAGCAGCUUCGACCCAGGGAGAGAUACAGGAUAUUGGAGAUGUUCAGAUACUACAAAAUCUAUAGGUGAUACUGUGUAUUUGAAUUCAACAGAACCUGGUAUUAAAAAUAUUAAGAUAAGAUCUUCAACUGGUUUUAUAUCUUCAACCAACGACCUAACUUUACUAUCCGAGGAAUCCGAUGUUUUAACUUGUACAGCCCAAUGUACUGGUAUCUGUCAAUAUAAAUGGAUGAAGGGAACUGAUUUAGUAGUAUCUACAAGUCAGCUUUCGUUAAAUAAUAUCAACGCUACUCUGGGAGGGCUGUACACAUGUAUUGCCACUUAUUAUGGUUCUGAUCUAAAACGGUCAUUAAGAAUAUAUGUUCAAGACAGAAGUUCCAUAACAAUCAAUCCACCGAGUGAUAUUAUAACAGUUAAUGAAGGAGACAGUAUAACAAUAACGUGUUCUGUUGAUGGCUACCCAUGUAAUAACAUAAAUGGUAUUACCUGUACAAAUAUAUGGGAUACAUUAUCUGGUUCAUUCUAUAACACUGGACAAGAAAACUCAAUGGUGAUCAACAUGGCUACUCGUUCGAUGACUGGGAGAUAUAGAUGUAUCCAUGUAGAAGAUGAACCGUCAUCUAAUACUCACACUGCAACUUACAAAUCUAUACAAUUACAGGUUCAAUAUGGACCAUCAACAGUAGUAAUAACACCAUCAUCAGAUCCAGUAACAAUAACAAAUGGAGAAUCUCUAACCUUCAACUGUUCUGCUGAUUGUCAACCCGGUUGUAAUUAUACAUGGAAAUAUAACAAUGUUAUUGUCUCUACUGUGGCUAUUUAUACCAUCAAUAGUAUUAAUACCACUCACAGUGGUAUUUAUACUUGCACAGCAACCAACAUUGUAGGAAAUGUGACAAAAUCUACUAACGUUGUAGUAAAUAAUGGACCAUCAUCCAUAGUAAUAACUCCGACAUCAGACCCGGUAACAAUAACAAAUGGAGAAUCUUUAAGUCUCGUCUGUUCUGCUGAUUGUCAACCAGAUUGUAAUUAUACAUGGACACAUAACAAUGUUACAGUUUCUACUAUGGCUACUUAUACCAUUAAUGGUAUUAAUACAAGUCAGAGUGGUAUCUAUAUUUGUACUGUGGCCAAUAGUCUAGGAACUGAGUCAAAAUCUACUAAUGUUGUAGUAAAUGCUCCUUCUGUACAGUUACCAAACAUGACAUUAAUAGCAUCCGAAACCAUUGUUACAACAGGUUCUUCAGUGACCCUAACAUGUUCUGCAUUUGCCCAAAACGAAUUAACCUGGUCGGGUCCACCUGGUAUGAUCACUAUCUUCAUGAAUGGGUGUUUUAGAUUGACGGAAAACGACGCUCCGGAUAUAAGCCAUAUGUCAAUAACAUGUUCUGGCAGUGGUGCAGAAAGUGAUUGGACAAUAAGUACCCUAACUAUAAGCAGCUUCGACCCAGGGAGAGAUACAGGAUAUUGGAGAUGUUCAGAUACUACAAAAUCUAUAGGUGAUACUGUGUAUUUGAAUUCAACAGAACCUGGAAUUAAAAAUAUUAAGAUAACAUCUUCAACUGGUUUUAUAUCUUCAACCAACGACCUAACUUUACUAUCCGAAGAAUCCGAUGUUUUAACUUGUACAGCCCAAUGUACUGGUAUCUGUCAAUAUAAAUGGAUGAAGGGAACUGAUUUAGUAGCAUCAACAAGUCAGCUUUCGUUAAAUAAUAUCAACUCUACUCUGGGAGGGCUGUACACAUGUAUUGUCACUUAUUAUGGUUCUGAACUAAAACGGUCAUUAAGAAUAUCCGUUCAAGACAGAAGUUUCAUAACAAUCAAUCCACCGAGUGAUAUUAUAACAGUUAAUGAAGGCGACAGUAUAACAAUAACGUGUUCUGUUGAUGGCUACCCAUGUAAUAACAUAAAUGGUAUUACCUGUACAAAUAUAUGGGAUACAUUAUCUGGCUCAUUCUAUAACACUGGACAGGGAAACUCAAUGGUGAUCAACAUGGCUACUCGUUCGAUGACUGGGAGAUAUAGAUGUAUCCAUGUAGAAGAUGAACCGUCAUCAAAUACUCUCUUUGAAACUUACAAAUCUAUACAAUUACAAGUUCAGUAUGAACCAUCAUCAGUAGUAAUAACACCAUCAUCUGAUCCAGUAACAAUAACAAGUGGAGAAUCUCUAAGCUUCAACUGUUCUGCUGAUUGUCAACCCGGCUGUAAUUAUACAUGGAAAUAUAACAAUGUUAUUGUCUCUAAUAUGGCUAUUUAUAAUACAAGUCACAGUGGUGUCUAUACUUGCACAGCAACCAACACAUUAGGAAGCAUGACAAAAUCUACUAAUGUUCAAGUGACAAAAUCUACUAAUGUUCCAGUGACAGAAUCUACUAAUGUUCAAGUGAAUUAUGGACCAUCAUCAGUUAUAACAACCCGGACUGAAGAUCCUGUAAUAUAUAUCCACUAA